CCCCGGCCAGCCCGCCACCCAGGACUAUGUGGAGCGCCAAGGACAUCGCCCGAGGGGGGCAGCCCCGAGCAGGCUGGCCCAGGAGGCUCAAGGCAGACACCCCGCUGAAGCUACCACCGCGAACUCCUAUAAACCUCCCCGCCCUUGUCAGUCAGGCUUACAGUCCAGAGAGAAGAGCGAUCGCUUCGGACAAGUACCAUCGCGAGAUCCUGGGCCACUUGCCCUUCUGCACCGUCUACUUCCUCUUCAUCAUCUUCGUGGCGUCUACUGUCUUCCACUGCCACUGGCGCCUGGCCGUGGUGCCCGGUCCCUGGGCCUACUCGGGCCGCGUCGUCCUGCUCCCCAUCUUGCCCCGGGGCGGCAUGUUCACCAUCAACGCCCAAGGGCGCCUGGGGAACCAGAUGGGGGAGUACGCCACCCUGUACGCCCUGGCCAAGAUGAACGGGCGGCCCGCCUUCAUCCCGGCCGAGAUGCACAGCACGCUGGCGCCCAUCUUCCGGAUCAGCCUCCCCGUCCUGCACCACGCGGCGGCCGGCAGGAUCCCCUGGCGGAACUACCCCCUGAACGACUGGAUGGAGGACCGCUACCGCCACAUCCCGGGGGAGUACGUGCGCCUCACCGGCUACCCCUGCUCCUGGACCUUCUACCACCACGUGCGCGACGAGAUCCGGCGGGAGUUCACCCUGCACGACCACGUGCGGGAGGAGGCCCAGGCGUUUCUGCGGCGGCUGCGGGUGGGCGGGCGGCGGCCGGGCACCUUCGUGGGCGUCCACGUGCGCCGCGGCGACUACGUGCACGUCAUGCCCCGCGUGUGGAAGGGCGUGGUCGCCGACCGCGGGUACCUGGAGCGGGCCCUGGGCUGGUUCCGGGCCCGCCACCGCGCCCCGGUCUUCGUGGUCGCCAGCAACGGCAUGGCCUGGUGCCGCGAGAACAUCGACGCCUCCCGCGGCGACGUCAUGUUGGCCGGCAAUGGCCUUCAGGGCUCGCCGGCCAAGGAUUUCGCGUUGCUCACGCAGUGCAACCACAGCGCCAUCACCGUGGGCACGUUCGGGAUCUGGGCCGCCUACCUGGCGGGUGGGGACACCAUCUACCUGGCCAAUUUCACCCUCCCGCACUCCCCCUUCCGUUGGAUCUUUAAGCCCCAAGCCGCCUUCCUGCCGGAGUGGAUGGGCAUCGCUGCUGACCUUGGCCAGGCCAGAGAGAACAGCCCCUAGCCCCGCAC